AUGGCGGGUGCCGAUGAAAAAUUCGGUGCCGGGCUUCGGAAAAUGGACAGACACGACUUGAAUAGACUCACCAUACAGGCAUAUACACGUGCCCAAAGACGGAUGAUUAAUGAAGAAAGAGUACGACGGAAAAGGGCGGAGGCAGAGGCAGUGGCAGAAGAGGUGGCAGGGGCGGUUGCCUCUACUACAGCGGCUCUAUUGGAUCUAAUCAAUACGAUGGCGAUCUUACGGAUGAAUAGUGGCGGGGGUAGCAAUUCCACUACUAAUCGAGCCGAGGGCAAUCGUGGCGGCAACGAUUUUGAUGAGAACCGGGUCUCGGAGCCAGCUGCGCCAGACGCUCAUCCGCCGGUGAAAAAGAAGAAGCCACGUAAAAAACCUAAAAAUGCAACUAAGAAGAGUUAUCUGUUUCCAGAGUAUCACCACUUGGUUGCCGAGGAGGUCAAGAACAUUGUAUUCAAAUCAAGUACCGCGGAUGGCACACGCUACAAUGAAACAUGGCUUGUCGGCUCUUUGAAAUGCUCUAACUGUGGGAGGGAGUGGACCACUGGGAAAGUCGCCACUGCUAUUCGAGGGUACGAACAAAAAAACGGUCAACUCGGAUAUAGCGCUGAGGUUUUCAAUCAGCGAUGUGCGAAAUGUAAGAGUCUGGGACAUUUGACUUUGGACGUGGACACUUAUGUUGAAAGAGUUGCCAGGAGGCUGGCGAUUUGGAAGGGAGAAUUAAUUCCAGAGCCGCGGACAGGCGAGAAACCUACACCACCGCAUGAAACCGAUCUAUGUGAAGGAUGUGCUGUUGGUAAAUGUGUGCGUGGAGGGUAUCGGAGGGUGUUGUUUUAG